AUGUCCCACUUCCCAAGACCGCUCAGAAACCAGAGCGUCGACCCUCCCACCUUCCUCAUGACGGGCAUCCCAGGCCUGGAAGGCAAAGGCCUCUGGCUGGCCAUCCCUUUCUGCUCCAUGUACAUAGUCGCCAUCGUAGGAAAUUUCAUGGUAAUUCUUGUGAUUGCGAUGGCCCCAAGCCUCCACAAACCCAUGUACUUUUUCCUGUCCAUGUUGGCGGUGACUGAACUGGGGGUGUCCAUCUCUACCUUCCCUACGGUGCUGAGCGUUUUCCUGUUUGAUGCCAGAGAGAUUGGGAUGGACGCCUGCCUCGCCCAGAUGUUCUUCAUCCACUGCUUCUCCAUCAUGGACUCGGGAGUCCUCUGGGCCAUGGCCUUGGACCGCUUCGUAGCCAUCUACAACCCCCUCCAGUACGGCGCCAUCCUGACCAACUCCAGGAUCGCCACAAUCGGCUUGGGGAUCGCUACGAGGAGCGUUGUCCUGAUGGCCCCGUUGCCCGUUCUCCUUCGGGGGCUGCCCUUUUGCAGAGCCAACAUUCUCACUCACCCCUACUGUUUGCACCCAAAUUUAAUCCGGCUUCCUUGUGCUGACACCACAAUCAACAACCGUUGCGGUUUGUUUGUUGUCCUCUCUACUUUUGGACUUGAUUCCCUCUUUAUCUUCCUGUCUUACAUUCUGAUAGUCAAGACGGUGCUGGGCAUUGCCUCCAAGGAAGGGCGUCUCAAGGCCCUGAACACAUGCGUUUCCCACAUCAGCGCAGUGGUUGUAUAUUAUACUCCGAUGAUUGGCUUGUCCAUGGCACAUCGUUUUGGCAGACAUGCUCCCCCUCUUCUGCACUCUCUCAUGGCCAACAUAUACCUCCUGGUUCCUCCAGUAUUGAACCCCAUCAUCUAUAGCAUGAAGACCAAGGAGAUCCAAAAGGCUUUAUUCAGGAUUUUACGGUUCAGGCCUGAACUCCAUCACGGAGCUUGGUAG